GCAACGGAGGAGAGGAUGGAGCCCAGCGGCAGCCGGGCUGGAUCGGAGCAUGGCGAAAUUGCAGAAGAUGAGAAAAAGGAGCUGCUUGCAAAAGAUGAAGAGACAGAGCAGCUGCAAGAUACAAGUGGCCAAAAUCAAGAUGAUGGGGUGACCACAGAGGUAGGUAUUCAUGAUUCUUCACCAGAAGAAAAUAAUCCCAUGGAGGAAGGAGCAGAAGGUGCUUCUGGAGCAGCCAUGGAGGAAGGGGCAGAAGGUGCUCCUGCAGUGGCUACAGAGGAAGGGGCAGAAGGUGCUCCUGCAGUGGCUACAGAAGAAGGGGCAGAAGGUGCUCCUGCAGUGGCUACAGAGGAAGGGGCAGAAGGUGCUCCUGCAGUGGCUACAGAGGAAGGGGCAGAAGGUGCUCCUGCAGCGGCUGCAGAGGAAGAGGCAAGAACUGCUCCUAUGGAAAUCUUGGAAGAGAUACUCUCAAGAGUGAUGAGUGAGCCCGGCGCACCAAUACCGGGUCUUCCUGAGAGUGGCACCCCCUCCUUUUUGCAGCCUUUCUUUCAGGAAGCGUUUGACACAUUCAGCCUACCUUCCAGAUUGCCCAGUGGGCAAGUGCUAUCUCCUGUAUCUUCAGGGACCAGCAGCCUGAGAUUGGAUACGCCAUUGGGACGCCGUGUGUUGUCAGGUGCCUCUAAGACAGUCAUCUUCCCUGAGUCUAUUGAGGCUGUUUCUCAGCCUUUGUCUCUGCAACCCAGUAUGCUUGGGCCCAUGGAAGAGCAGGAAGAGGACGUGUUGCAAUUUGCUGAGGGGGAUCUCGGUAGCGAAGAGGCAGAGGAAGAAGCUGAGCUUGUUGUGUUGGACCCAGAGCAUCCCUUGAUGAAAAGAUUCCAAACUGCUCUCAAGAACUACCUCAAUAAACAGAUAGGAAAGCUGACUGAAGAGUUUCGGGAAUUGACAGCAGGUGUAAAGACUGCAAAGACUGAGAGGGAAGAACUCGGUGUGAUCUUGUAUGGGGUCCAGCAGCAGUUGGCCCAGCUGCAGAUGGUACUGGAGAAGAACCAUGGUCACCAUGCCCAGAUUGCCAUGGCACGCCGGCAGUUAGAGGAAGAGUUGCAAGACCUCAGGGGCAUGUACAAGAAUACAUGCCAGGGCACUGAGAGUGAGCGUAAAAAAGUUUCGGCCAUGCAGACAGAAAUGGAAAGUCUGUCCCUGCGCCUGUUCUACAUGCAGAACAUGGACCAAGAUGUUCGCGAUGAUAUUGCUGUGAUGAAGAGAACGGUGAAGAAGGCUGAAGUGGACAGGAUGCGAGCAGAGGUGGAAAAGAAAAAACAGGACCUUCACGUGGACCGCCUUGUGACGAGAGUGGAUGAGCUACAGGAGCAGAUUGCUCUGUAUGAAGCCCAACAUAUGGCCCAGGCCGAAGACACCAGAAUCACACGACAAGAAGUGGGAGAGGCAAGUAUAGAAAUACAAGCUAUUCACCUGGAGAAAAAGCAGCUUCUGCAUCAAUGGACUGUCAGUUUGACUGCAAUGAAGCGCCGUGAUGAGGCCUACGCUGCUAUGCAGGAAGCUCUAAGAGAUUCCAGGCACAAGCUGAAGUCGUUGGAGAUUGAGAUUGAAGUUUACAAGAAGUCCAUCAUCAAGGAGGAGGAAAGGAAUGAGCUGUUGGCUGCUAUCUUGAACCGUUCAGAGAACGAUGCCAACACAAGCAGGAAGCUGAUAGCCCAGAGCGUGGCCAAACAGGAUGCCAUGAAAGUGGAAUUUGGUACCUACACCCGUACGCUUCAAGAAACAGAGCAAGCCCUCAAUCGGGCCAAUUUGGAUCGAGCUGCUCGCACGAAUGAAUUGGUUCUCAUUCGCCGAGAGCUAGAGAAAGGUUCGCAAAACAAGCAAGAACUGGAGAACGAGAUCGUGGGCAAGCUGCAAGACCAGCUGAUGUCCAACAAAACAGCAAAAUACUUUUUACAGCUGGGCAUCAAGCUGCAGAACAAAUUGAUGGCUUUGGAGAUGGUGAUUGCUAAUGCAGAAAAUGACAUGGCCCAAACCGCACUGGAUCUAACAAACACCCAAUGCAAGCUAAAUAUGCUUGAAAAGAAACUCUCGGAAGUGGACAAGGAAAUGGAUGCUUUGAACGACCAAAUCAAUCAUAGUGAGAUUGAAAUUGCGAAGCGAAUCCUCCUGAUUGGGCGCAAACAGGGGGUCAUCAACCUGUACAACAAGAAAUUGGAAAUGAUCUUAUCUCAGCUGGGGGGACAAGAGUUGGGGCCACUGGAAAUUGAAAUCAAGAAGCUCUCCAAACAGAUUGAGGACAGUGAUGUGGAGGUGGUGAAGCUACAGAGACACUGGCUGAACAGCCAGAAGGAAUUAGUGAAGCUUACCGGGGUGCGAGAACAGCAGCUGGCAUCCUUGGAUAUGUUAAAGAAAGAAAUCACAAUUAAGGAGCAAAAGAAAGUUCGCAUAGAGAAUGAAAUCCAGCAGGAGAAAAAUGAGUUGAAGGACACUGAGCGUCACAUGAAGAACAUGGCUAACGACUUGGUGAAACUGCAUCUAUUGAUCAAUAAGAACAGCGAGAAUUCUGAAGGGUUGCAACAAGGCAAUACUAUCAUGGAGAAUGAGUUUGUGCGCUCUCUCAAGGUAGCAGAGAGAGAAUCAAUUGAGAUGCAAGAGAAGCUGGACCGACUUCAAGAAGAGAAAGAGAGGCUCCUCAACAGCCUACUCGAGGCAGAAUGUCAGAUGAUGCAAUGGGAGAAGAAAAUACAGCUGGCCAAAGAGAUGCGUGCAGCAGUGGAUUCAGAGACCGGGCAGGGUGAGAUCCGAGCCAUGAAGUCAGAGAUCCACAGGAUGCAGGUAAGGUACCAGCAGCUGAUGAAGCAACAGGAGAAGCUCAUGCGACAUAUGGAGGCAGCGGUUGCCCGCCGAGAGUCCAUUGUGAUUCGUGGAGAGGCACAGAAGAAAAUGAGUAGCAAAGUGUUCACCAGGGGUGAUUUCCAUUACAAGAAGCUGGAGCUAAAGAAAAAGAUCAAAGAGACCCAGAAGCAUGCUGAGGAGUGCAACCAAACCAUCUUUGAACUUGAGAAUUCCCAGGUACACCUUGCUACUGCACUUCAGGAGAAGCACAAUGACAUCUCCCUCUUGAACAUGGAAUUUAAUAAGCUUGAGACAGAAGUGGAUCAUCUGCAGGAGAAGAAACGGCAGAACCUUGCAGAUAUUGUGGCCAACCAGGGGCGCCUGAAGCACCUGCGGUCAGUGAAGGAAGGACGCUACAACCCAGUUUGCCGCGGUGAGUUAAUGGUCCGCAUUGAAAGGCAGAAGCUGGAGGAGCGACUUCACAGCAUCCACAUCAUCCUCCAUCAAAUCGGGCAGGAGCAUCCUCAGCACAAGGCAGCAUUGAAGUUGCUCAUCCAAAGCCUAAACCAUAGGCUGGGUACACCAUCAGUAUAGUAGCAGGGGGCAGGGAAACUAAGACUGAAACUUUUAGAUUUUGCAUAUUUCACAAAUAAAAAUGUUUUUGAGAAUGAUUUGGAACAAUUGUUACUCAUCAUUUAGUGGAUAGUUAAACAUGAAAGA